GUGACCUGCUCCAGCUGGACUAAACACCGAAACUUUCCCUGCUUCGUAUCGGAGAAAUCAAAACACCUUCUGAAGCGUGUGUGUGUGUUUGUUUUGUGUUGUGUUGGCUUUAACACCGUCCCUGGAGUGUGUAGUACAGCUUGUUUGUGGAUACUGUUGAGGAAAAGACUCGAAUCGACUGUUGGGUUGUGUUUUAGCUGCCGGAUGCUUCUAUUAAACAGGGUUGAUAGACUUCGAGGCAGAGCUGGAACCUGGCACAGAGUCUAGAGAAGGCAGAGGAGAGACAAUGCUCCAGGAGGAGACGGACACUCAGAAACGAGAAGCCUACAGCGUGUCUCGUCUACGAAGCUCCUCUAUAGAGAUUAGAGAGAAAGGCACAGAGUUUCUUAGAGAACAGCUGGAUGCUGCGCAGAAGGAGUUGAAGCUAAAGGGGGAGGAAUGUGAGCGACUGUCGAGUCUGAGAAAUCAGCUGGAGCAGGAACUCGAAGAAUUGACUGCAAGUCUCUUUGAGGAGGCUCACAAAAUGGUUCGAGAAGCAAACGUUAAGCAAGCAGCUGCCGAAAAGCAACUGAACGAGGCACAGGGCAAGAUUGAUGUGCUACAAGCAGAAGUGACUGCACUAAAGACCCUUGUGUUGACCUCCACACCGUCCUCCCCUAAUCAUCAGCUCCACCCACAGCUACUGUCCCCAAAGUCCAGAGGAGCGUCGUCUCGGCCUGGAGGACACACGCGCCACAAGAGCGCCACCCUCUGUCUGCCUCAGCUACAAUCUGAGUGUCCCAGUGAAAAUGCACACGUGAGACGGGAAGAAAAAGAGUUGGACUCUGUGUUGUUUGCCGAGUUUUUGUCUUGGAGAGAGAAGCCCAGUCUAGACCGGUCAUCCGCCUUCCUCACCCGGAUCUACAAAGAGGACAUCGGACCCUGUCUCUCUUUCACAUGCUCAGAGUUGUCACGGUCCGUUCAGAGUGCUGUGGAGAAUAACUUUUUGACUAUCGAACCCGUCGCUUUGACGUCAUCGCCCAUGGACAAGGCCUCGAGUAUUGAGUGUGGAGGACUCAAUGGCUGCAGAGCACCGGUAGAGACGAAGUGCGCCCUGAGUGGAAUGUCCCAUCUCUGCCGACAUCGCAUCAAACUGGGAGAUAAGGAGAAUUAUUACUACAUCUCUCCCUCCAGCAGAGCUAGGAUCACGGCAGUGUGUAACUUCUUCACGUAUAUCAGAUACAUCCAGAAGGGGUUGGUCCGACAUGACGCCGAGCAAAUGUUCUGUGAGGUGAUGCGCUUGAGGCGGGAGAUGUCUAUAGCCAAGUUAGGCUUCAUCUUUACAGACGAGAACUGAAGGACACACAGAUUCUGUGGAAGGUUUUCUACACUCAGCAAUUCGAUGAUAACUGCAGCAGAUUUCUUAUAGAUACACUCUGUUAGUGAGUCAGUGACUGUUAUUAUUAUUAUUAUUAUUACAAGGUGAGAGGAAUUCUGCAAUGAUGAUGGUGGUGAUGAUGAUGAUGAUGAUGAUCAGUAUUGGACCGGAGUGAGAUCCUUCUAUUUUCUUACUAUGGAGCGAUGAUGGAAUUAACAAUGGGUUUGUUUUUAGAUUAUUUGUUGGUGCUGAUACAGUUUACAGAACUUGAGGUCCUCAUAGUCGGAACCUGUUCAGUGCAUUUAUCGAAAUACAGUAAGGUGUCACACUAUUCAUCUCAUUCUGCACCUGCUUCUGCACUACACGCCAAUGCUGCCUGAGAUAAAUUGCUUAGCACACAACAUGGUAGAUGUUGUUCCAAUGUCCGUUAGAGCCGGUCGAUGCCUAAUAAUCGGCUGUAAUAUAUUUAUUGGGUAAGAAGUAUUUUCUAGAAUUUUUAAAAGAGCACAUAAAGAGAAAUGAAAGCAAUUAGCCACAGAUUUAUUUUAAUCAUUAUAAAUUUAUUUUAUGAAAGCUUAACCUGGGCUUAGAAAGACUUUGAAUAUCCAGGACACAGUUAUUACCAAUGCAUGGAUUUAAGCCUUUGUUUUUUUUUAACUGAGGCACAUAUAAUUAGGUGGGAUUUUGGGUCAAACGUAUGUUUUUUUUUUUUUUUUUCUUUUUUUUUUCUUUUAAUUAUAUUUGUGUGGGUUGACAAUCAGAAUGACUUCGAACAAAACUUGGACCUAAAUAUCAGGACCUAUAUAUCAUGUGUCAAUAUUUUUAGUAGGUCAUGAAGGAUGUCAUGUCAUUCACUCUUUGGACUAAAUGAUUUUCAGAGCUUUAUACAACAUUUUUAUACCUUUAGAAACAAAUCUGUUAAACAUUCAAGCUUACAUCGUUUAAUUUUCUUUAUCUUUAUGUUUACAUGUAACCGCCUUGCCUAAUGGUUUAAUACAGUGAAAUAAAAUAAGUGUAACUCUGA